AUCCCAAACUCCCUGAUAGAACCCGAAGAAGAAACUCUGGGAACUCUCCUUUCUCACACUUCACCGGAGCCUAAAGAUCUCAAGCCUGACAGAGGGAAUCUGCAGCCCAGAAACAAGGAGGCUACGAUACACAACGCUCACUUGUAAACAAAGUCAAGUAUUUGUCAAGAACUGCCCUCCAACGCUGACAUGAUGUCCCAGCAUGCAGCCUUGACCAGCCUGUUCGGCGAUGACCCGUUCUUCAGCCAGGAACGGCUGCUCUGGCCGCUGCGUCACGAGGCCCUCUCCUCGCUACAGCAAGACUUCUUCAACCAGAGAGCCAAGCUGGCCGACAGCCUCCUGAGGGAGCUCGAUGAGCCCCACCUGCUCAAACUUCGUCAGUUGCCCCUCAUUUCCUCCACUUUGGCGAGGCUGAGGGAAGGUAAAGAUCAGCAGAGAGAGACUCUCAGCACAGAGCUGCACAAGGACGCUCAGCAGGCCACAGAGAGCAACACGGACCUCCUGGUGACCCUAGAUGCUCGCGGUUAUGCCCCCAAUGACAUCACCGUCAAACUGGAGGGGCGGAGCCUGGCGGUGGUGGCCAUGAAGCAGGGCGGAGCAGAAGAGAGCCAGUCCAGCUCCUCCACCUCCGCCUCCGCCUCCUUCUGCUCCUCGGCCUCGUCCCAGAUGGGAUUCGUCCAGAAGAUCGACCUGCCCGCUCACCUGGAUCUGUCCGGCCUCUCCUGUUCCCUGAUGGAUGACGGACAGCUGCGCAUCCACGCCCCUGUGGCCAAGCAGCCAAUCAGUGAGGAGCGCCAGGUGCCCAUUCGGUUCAGGACGUCGCUGGAAUUUCCCGUCACCAAGACAGAAGAGGAACACACAGACUAAUGCACACACGACACACACUGUCUGAAUGAAAACAAAUUUGUUAAUAACUAAAUAUAAAUGUGCCCAUACGCACACACACAUCCACUAAAAGACUGUCUUUAAUGAGUAAAGUUUACCAGUACUAAAUGAAAUGAAUAUUUAUUUUAUAAUUAUUUGCAAUUUGUAUACACUGUUGAAAUAAAGUGUUUGAUUUAUUA